GCUUGUGCUUUUCAGAGCUCCGAGAGAUGGCUUUCUGGGUGAUGGUCCUAUAUGCCGUCCUGGCAUGCAUAUUGGGGGGGCUCUAUCUGGUGGGGGCGUUGCGCCAGAGGAGAGCCCAAGAGCCCCCUUUAGAUAAAGGCCUCAUUCCGUGGCUAGGACAUGCACUGCACUACCGAAAGGACGGCGUUGCCUUCUUGCAAAGGAUGCAGAAGAAGCAUGGGGACAUCUUCACGGUACUGCUUGGGGGAUACUAUUUCACCUUUGUGAUGGACCCCCUCUCCUAUGGAGCUAUUAUGAAAGUAGCAAGAAGCAAGCUGGAUUUCAGCACAUAUGCAAAACAACUUGUGGCCCAUGUGUUUGGUUUUCAACCAGAAAUGAGCACUCAUAAGAUAAUAGAGACCGCCAGCAUAAAGCACCUCAAGGGCAAUGGGCUCGUGGUGAUGACCCAGGCCAUGAUGGACAGCUUGCACAGAGUGAUGGGCCACAGCCUGAGUUCAGCAGGAGGGCAGAAUUCCUGGAAACAGGAGGGAUUGUUCCACUUCAGCUACAACAUGGUCUUUAAGGCCGGAUAUCUAGCCCUGUUUGGAAAUACAACCUGCAAAGGUGAAAAGAACAAAGAAGAUGCUGAGAGGUGUGACAUAACUCGCUCUGAAGAUGUGUUUGUAGAGUUUCGCAAAUAUGAUAAGCUCUUCCCAGGUUUAGCUUCUUUCACACUGUCUCAUGGAGAGAGAAAAGAGGCUGAGUCUCUGAAGAGACUAUUCUGGAAACUCAUGUCUGUGAAGGACGUAUAUGAGAGGACCAACAUCAGUGGUUGGAUAACUGACCAGCAAGAGCAACUGGCUGAGGCUGGAAUGCCUGAAUACAUGAGGGACAGAUUUCUGUUUCUGCUCCUGUGGGCGGCUCAAGGUAAUACUGGACCAGCUUCCUUCUGGCUUCUUGCCUACCUGAUGAAAAAUCCCAAGGCGAUGGAUGAGGUGAGGAAGGAAGUGGACAGAGUGGUGGGAGAAUCUGGCCAGGAAGUGAGGGCAGGGGGUGCAGUGCUUAAUAUCACCAAGGAGAUGUUAGACAAGACCCCCAUCUUGGACAGUGCUGUGGAAGAGACUCUGAGACUGUCAGCAGUCCCUAUGCUGAUCAAGGCUGUGUUAGUGGAUCUAGAAAUCCAGAUGAACGAUGGGAGAAAAUACCUUCUGCGCAAAGGAGACAGAGUUGCCCUUUUCCCCUUUGUGGCAGCACAUAUGGAUCCAGAAAUCCACCCAGAUCCCCAUGUUUUCAAAUAUGACCGGUUCCUCAGCCUAGACGGCAGAAAAAAAGAAUUCUAUAAGAACGGAGAAAAAGUGAAAUAUUUCACCAUGCCUUGGGGUGCAGGGAAUUCCAUGUGCCCUGGGCGAUACUUUGCUACCAAUGAGAUGAAACUCUUUGUCUUCCUGAUGCUGACAUACUUUGAUAUGCAGCUGGUUAACGUGGAGGAGGAAAUCCCUCCCGUAAUCAAGAACCGCUAUGGGUUUGGUGUAAUGCACCCCACACACGAUGUUCAGUUCAGGUACCGACUUCGCCACUGAAGGUAGGAGGCAGAGGAAGGAACCUGCUAUCACGUGCCUGUCAAUCUUCAGGCCAAAAUAAGUUUAAAAAGAGAUCAAAUGUAUGUUUCUGGAUGUGGGUAAAAGCUCAUGGGAGAACGUAGCGCUUGCACAGAAUGUUUGGUAGAAGCCAUUAUCCUUUAACAAGUCAUUUUAUCCUACACUUUUAUUUUCUGAUUGUUAUGGAAUGAAGUGGAGACUGUGGGCCUUAUAGCUUUUUUAAGUGUGGUAGAAUUGAUAGCAUACAAGCUAAUAUUCUGUACUAACAUUUAUCUAUCUAAGGCACUAAGCUCAGGCCUGCUGCUUUCAAAGCAGUGGAGUUAAGGGUUAGCAGAAAAGUAGUAUUGGGUGGCGGUGGGGUGCUUGAUCAUUCUCACACUAAGAUACUUUCAUCUGCAACUCCUUCUUCCGGUUAAGGACUUUUAAUCCUUAGUGCUGAAAGCUGAGGACCCCAGUUAGAAUCUCAUCUCAGCUAUGAACUCACUAGGAGGCCUUUGGCAAGCCAGGUGUAUCUCAUUGUCUUUGGGCUUGUACACAAUUCCAUUUGUCCCAUGCCUAGAAAGCAUGGGUCUGAAUUGUUUCCCCAUUGUUCCACUUAUUUCCCAGGGAAAACCCACUCCUUGGCUGUAAAUCAGAACAAACAUCCAUCUGCAGAAAACCCAAUUGCCGUUUGCUCCAAUUGAGCACUAAAGAGUGGCUUUCCCCAGGGAAAGCAGCAGGACAAGACAAAGUGUGGAUAAGCCCUCUGUCUCUAACCCCAAUCUGAAGUGAGGUGUGUGUGUGUGUGUGUGUGUGUGUGUGUGUGUGUGUAGAACUAGGCACUGUGUUCCUCCCUUGCUCUGUGCACUAUGAACCCCAUGGAAUGUCCUAACUUUAGAAUUCAAAAGCUCCACCCGGACACUUUUUCCUACCCAGCACACAACACACACCCUGCCUAGUAAGCACACUUACAGGAGAUUUCAUCCAAAAGACCAAGCAUACAAGCAAAAAACCCACAAACCUUUACUGCUCCCUCCCUCCCACCACACAAACGUUUAGGUCCUAAACUGUUCUUCUUCCCAUUUAAUGGUACUAUGCAAUGUCAGCCUUUUCCCUCAGAAAGGCUUGAACUGAAUUGAAUUGCCCUUUGCUCCAGUUCAGCAGCAAAGAACAGGUUUUUGUGGGGAAAGCAGGGGGGGGGGAGAGAAAAAGAGAGAGAGAAAUGCUCAGACACGAUGCUUUAGAGUGCAGAACUGAGCCUAGAAACGCGGCACAAAAAGAAGUCUGGAUGUUACCUAAGAUAGGAAUAUAGAGGAAACUGCUGUCACCCCAAGCAACUCAUUUCCCAGUAGAUUCACUCUGCAGUUGUCAUUAGCAAGCGGAAUGGGCCUGCACCAAAUAAGGGCACAAGCUAUUUUGUACACUAGGUACCUUUCAUAACAUGUACAGGACUUUGCCUCAUUAUUUGCAAGGUGCAAGAGUUCCAGAUAUGUGUCAACAUUCAUCUUUCCACCUGCAAUCAACUUUAUCUCUUUUAUUUACUGUUGCGCAAGACAAUGUCCCUGGGGCAAGCUGUGAUUCUGGCUCCAAUAUCUUGAGUAUCUUGAAUAUCUAUUGAUGUUAUGAGUACUCUUAGGUGUAAAGGCUUAAGCGUAAUUAAGAAUGCAUGCUUUUAACUGCUUUUAUUUCCCCCACAUCAUCUGCUCUCAACUUGAAUGGAAAAUACCACCUCUGUGCUGCUCCUAUGUUUUGUAAUUUUGAUUGUUAUUAUUUUGUUUGUCUGUACCUUUGUUUCUACACAGAUGUAAAACCUUUAAAACUGAAAAGAAAUACUUACGGGAAAUGAAUGGAAUAUGAGGAAACAAUAAAGUUAAAGCAACUGUGUUGGGCAGGUUGCUUAGACAUGUAAUAAAAGGAGCUGUGUCGUGCAAAGUGA